AUGGUAGAAAUUAAAGAUGCAAUUAACUUGGAGAUCAAACCACCGGAUGACCAACCAAUGCCGACUGCGCACAGGAGAUUUACAAAAGAAGAAGAUGACUUAAUCAAAGACCUUGUUGAAAACAAAAAAAUUUCUCCUUGGUCUGAAGUAGCAAAACAUCUUCCUGGAAGGAAUGCUAAUCAAUGUCGUGAUAGAUAUAACAAUUAUUUAUAUACGAAAACCAAGAAAGAUCCGUGGACCCAUCAAGAAGAUCUUCUUAUUGUCGAGAAAUAUAAAGAGUUUGGACCUAGAUGGGUACUUAUAUCUCAAUUCCUUCCAGGUAGAAGUGGAAUGAAUAUUAAAAAUAGAUGGCAUAAAGCUCUAACGAAGUAUCAUGGAAUUAAACACAAUGAAUCAAAGCUCGAAAGGAGAUCAAAGAAUAUUAAAUGGGAAAAGAAUGAACCACCUUUUAUUGUUUACUACCCAUCUACUAAUGUUGCUGUUUCUUAUCCACAAAAUCAAAAAGAUUAA